AUGGUCUCUAUCCAUGCAUCCGAGAAGACGCAGAAGGAAAGAGCCUAUGUUAACAGUGCUUAUCCUCUUGUUGUUGCUGUCUUGCCUGAUGUGCCUGAGGAACAUAGAGAGCUCUUGAGGUCUCAAGGAUGUGUCGUGCGUGAGAUCGAGCCUGUCUAUCCUCCGGGCAACCAAGAUGCAUACGCAAGGGCUUAUUACAUUAUCAAUUACUCAAAACUCCGAAUUUGGAACUUUAAAGAGUACAGCAAGAUGCUUUACUUGGACGCAGAUAUUCAAGUCUUUGGCAAUAUUGAUGACCUCUUCGACUUGCCUGAGUGGAGAAAGUCACGUGGCCGAACAAGAUACAAUCUUCACCUCCUCCUCCAUACUUCAACGCCGGUAUGUUUGUGUUUGAGCCUAGCUAAGCCUUCCACUUGUGAGAGUCUCCUCAAAACCCUCCAAGUCACACCGCCUACACCAUUCGCUGAGCAAGAUUUUCUCAAAAGGUUCUUUGGGAAAGAUUUUAAACCGGUCUCUCCGGUUUACAACCUGAUUCUGGACGGCUCUGCUUAUGGUUCGGUUACUGAAGCUAUAGUUGUUGACUUCGAAAUGGUAUCUUUCAAAUCUGCACCGGAUGAUGCCAAAGCACAGACAGAAUCAGAUUACUUUAAGACUUCUCAAGCAGCGGAUGGUGCAGCCGGAGAUGAUGCCAAAUCCUAUUUAGUUUUCAACUCUUUGAUCCUCAACUUCUCCACUACCCUUCACCUCGGCUAG